UGACCUUGUCCUACGAGUACCGUUUGUCGCUAAACGCUGUGGCUCACGAACGAACCAUUUCUACUGUAGCUUUACCUCAUCGUCAGCAAUGAACAAGUCAUCCUCAAACAAAUGCAGUUACAAAUAUGAGGAUUAUAGGGAAACAGCUGAUUGGUUGCUGUCCCACACUGAGCAGAGGCCUAAAGUAGCCAUCAUCUGUGGCUCUGGCCUGGGCGGCCUGGCUGACCUGCUGGACAACAAGACUGUGUUUCCCUACAAGGACAUCCCAUGCUUCCCCAACAGCACAGUACAAGGACAUGCCAGUCAGCUGGUCUUUGGGGAGCUGCAGGGGAAGCAGUGUGUCUGCAUGCAGGGCCGCUUCCACUUCUACGAAGGCUACAACAUUGCCACAGUGACAUACCCGGUGCGAGUGUUCUUCUUGCUCGGGGUGGAGACCCUGAUUGUCACUAAUGCUGCUGGGGGACUGAACCCCAACUUUAAAGUCGGUGACAUCAUGCUGAUCAAGGAUCACAUCAACAUGCCAGGCUUUGCAGGCCAGAACCCACUGUGUGGUCACAACGAUGAAAGGUUUGGAGUCCGUUUUCCCUGCAUGUCGGACGCCUAUGACAAAGACCUUUCUAUACUGGCCAAAGAGACUGCUGAGGAGCAGGGCUGUUCCUCCUUCAUCCAGCAAGGCGUGUACUGCAUGCUGGCAGGUCCCAACUUUGAGACCAUCGCAGAGUGCAGAGCUCUCCAGAAACUAGGCGCAGAUGCUGUGGGUAUGAGUACAGUCCCUGAGGUGGUGGUGGCUCGUCACUGUGGUCUUCGUGUCUUUGGCCUGUCUCUCAUCACCAACAAGGUGGUCGCAGACUACGACAGCCAGGAGAAGGCCAACCAUGAGGAGGUACUGGAUACCACAAGAAUGCGCACCCAGGACCUACAGAGGCUGAUCAGUAACCUGUUGGCUAAGAUGUAGAUCAGCCCCAGUCUGUCUGUGUUAACUGCCCAGGAACAUAGCUACUGUAAGGUGAUGUUAUACAGAAAGCACAGAUGCAUAUAUUCUAGAGAAAUAGCUAGCAGACAGAUCAUUGCAAUCAUAUGAUAUACGUAAUUUGAAGGAAAGGCUAAAUAGCUUUAAAUGAUGUCUUAUUUGUUUACAUUUCUCAGCACAGAGGCUAAUGCUAGUAUUGCUACUUCAGUUUGAUUUGACAUCUUAUAGGCUAGGAUUUGUCUUCAUUGUGUAAUCUCUAAACUGAAGCACUGUAAAGAGGCAUACUAACCAAACUCACCUCUUCAAAAAGGGGUUGUCCAUAUGGCUAUAAAGUAAUGUAAUGACCAGGAAAAAAAGAUAGGAGAUUAUUGUGCAUACUUGAAAAUAAUAUAUUCCUUUGAAUUAAAACAAAACUGAAAAUGCAUCACA